AUGGUCAGUCAAGUUCGAACCAAGGAAGGACGUAACCCUAAAAAGCAUGUAAAGAGAAGGGUGCCGAACGGUACCUUAGGGUGUGCCCUGGAGAUAAGCGCUAUCUGCUCUUCUGGAUGCUUCACUACCGUUCGCAAUGCCGGGAAUCGCCUCUCCUACCGUUCGAAUCGCCGGGAAUCGCCUGGUUACCGUUAG